AGAAGAAAAUUCAGUCGUACAAUUUAGGUCUGCUUUAUCAUAUUGUGUAAUAUGGAAACAGAUGAUUUUAAUGAAAUAGUAGUGGAAGAAGCUGCUGUUCCGGAUGCUGCUCCUGAAGAUCCUCUUGUGAUCGUACCCGAUCCAAUUAUCAUCCGUGGUUCUGGUCAUAUCACUGUUUUUGGUUUAACCAACAAAUUUAAUACUGAAUUCCCUUCUUCAUUAGUGGGCAAGGUUGCACCUGAAGAAUACAGCAGCACAAUAAGCAGGGUGAACAAAAUCCUUGAUCGAAUGUUGGCUGUCAAUUUUCGGUGGUUGGUUUUAGGUUGCUUAUGUUGCUGCUGUACUCUUGGCUGUUCUGUUUGGCCAGUUGUUUGUUUAAACAAGCGUACAAAGUCAAGUGUCAGUAAAGCACUGGGAUGGGAGAAUCGACAACUAUAUCAUAAGCUUGGUCUACAGUGGAAACUUCAAAAAAGAAAACUAACCAACAACAACAUGAUGGAAUAUGUGCUAGUAAUAGAACAUUUACCAAAACUACCAAUUUACCAACCGGACUGAAAAUACUGCACAAGUUUGAUUGGUCCUUGUUUUACCCCCUUCAUACACCUUGUGUGGCAUUAGGAGUCUUAGUUUUCUUUCUGGACACAGUGACAAGGGAACUUCAGGAUAUCUUUUUCUUGAGAUAUCUCUUCUACCUCCCUUUAUAUUUACACAUCAUGAAGACAUUCAGCUGUCAGUUCUCAGUAAAUUCAAAUUGUCAGUUUUUGGCAGCUUUUUCUUUCCACCAAGCAUGCUGGCAUGCUAUCUUUGAACAUUUAAUUUUCCAAUCGGCAGAAUCAUGUAUUUUCUUAUUGGAUACAAUUCAUACAUACAAACAGUUUCAUAGCAAAGUUACUAUGGUGUAAAAUUAAACUGUACCGAAAAGUGAAUAAGCAAGUUUUACCACUUUUUUAGUGGUUUUAUCAUUCCCUUCACAUCUAACUUUUCUCUAAGAAGAUGUUAAGGUGAAGUUCAUAAUGUACAGUUAUAACAAAAAUAACCAUGUUUUCUGUUGCAAAAGAAUUUUAUGUUGGCUUUUAAUUAAGACACUCAGGUAGUAAAAAAAUGUUGACUGUCAUAUUUAUCAGUUACCUAUUGGUAUUUUACUUUAUCAUUGCAUAUUCAUACGACUGGCAACUUGUCAACAGAUUCAAAAUCUAAUUCACUUUGUAGAAAUGCAACUACUUUCAAAACUUAUAACAACCGAAAAAGUAUUACAGGCGAAAAUGCAUUGCGGAAAAAACAACGUGGUAAUUGUGUCACCUUUUUGUGCUAGAUCAAUUAACACCGUCUAAAAUUCAUGCUCUACUUUAUUACAAUUAUGUAAACCGGUCUAAAUUUUAUAUUAAAAUUAGCGACUAACACUUCAAAA